AUGAAUAAAAAUUAAAAUCAAACUAAUGAGUUAACUUAAUAACAUUUAAACUAAUUUGCAAUAUAUAAUAUUGUAGUUGAAGUACUUCCUACAUUUAAAGAAUAAGAAUUACAUUAAAUUAGUUCGUACUUCUAUAUUUAAAGUAAAACAGAUUAAAUUUUAUGGUUUAAUUUAAGUGUAGAAAAUCUAACAAAUUUUUUUAAAUCCUAAGACAAUCCAACACUAUAAAAAUUACUCAGUCCAGAAAUCAUAAAUGAAUAUAGAGAUCUUUUAAUCGAAAUAUUUAAACACAAUUUUCAUAAGUUAUUUGAGCAUUACCAAACAACAUAUAAAAAGAUCAGCGACAUUAGUUAAGAUUUAUAUUAGUAUUUAAAAGAAAUCAAUCCAAAAUUUGAUAUUAAGAGAUUAUCAAAAUUGUUAUUAAGAGAAGGUUAAGAUAUUUAAUCAGCUAAAGAUUUAAUUAUAAGAAGAAUGAUGGAGUAUAAAACAGGAGAAAACAUAACAUUAAAUGGUAAAAAUGAUUAAAAUAAAACUUAAAAUAUGAGACCAAAAAUUGAGGAGGAACAAAUCCAGAGUGUUUCUUAGCAAUAAUAAUAAUAAUCUGAUUAAUAAGAUCCCUCUCUAUUGUUUCCGAAAAAGCAGAGAUUGGAUGAAGAAAAAUUGACUUAGAUUUAAACAUUUUUUAGGUCUAAGAUAAGAGAGAAAAAUGAACAAUUAAGAGAUUAAAAAAAUAAUGUAACUAUUUCAACAAAGGAUAGACCAGGUAGUAAUAUAGAACAAUUGAAUUCUGAGAAUAUAUCAAUGAUCAAAGGUGAAAAUAAAAUGAAUAGGGCGAAAUCAAAGAAAUUAGCAGAGAGCAAGACAGUUCGGAAUUUAAAGGAUGAUUUGGAGUAAGAAAGGAGUUUAUUGAAGGCAUAAAUAGCUGUUGAUUUAUUAAGAUCGAAAGAGGAGUAAGAAAGAAAAGAUAAACCGUUAAUGAAAGAAUAAUAAAAUGAGAUAAAGGUGCAGAUCAAACAAGCAACGGAGAGAUUAUAUGGUGAGAGAUAAUAUACAGUUUAGAUAAUGAGAAACAUGGCACAAACAACAGCGAUUUUAAGUGAUAUCAAUUAACUGGAACAUUUCUCUUCAAAAAUAGAAUCUCCUUAAUUAGUUGGCCAAUUUGUCAUUUAACGAAAGAAUUUACAUAGGAAUCUUAAUAAAGAGUUAGGUUUACCUACUUUAUCUUAUUUGAAACCUACAAGUGCCUAUUUUUCAAGGAGAAAUCAAUCUUCUGAAUAAAUCAAAGCUAUGGAUUACAAAAGAUAUUAUGAAAUAGAAAAUGGAGUUAGUUCAAGACCUUACACUUAGUAUUAAUCAAGUCGUAAGCCUUAAACUACUUCAAAUAACAAUAGCUCUAGAAAAAGAACCCAUCAAAAUUAGGAUGAAUUGAAAAAUAAAUAUUCAGGAAGAACCAGAGUCACAAACAAUAAUGAAUCCAUGAAUACAUUUCCUAUGCCGUAAGAAGUAUUUCAUUAUGAAUAUCCUAAAUCACUAUUGGUUCCAGCAGCAUUAUGA